CUGAUUGUCUCUGAACCAAGUUCAGUGGAAACCUGAUCAGAAUCAGUAGGACUGGGUUCACUUCAGAUCGGAUAACAGAUGGACAGCCUGAACGGUUCUGGACUCAAUCAGAAGAAACAAGUUAAAUGAUGCUAUUCUGAGCCAGAAGAACCAAACAGAACCAGACAGAAACUGGUUCUGAACGGAUCAGAUCAUUUUAAUGAACCAGCCAUUUGAACCGAGGCCCGGUUCUUGCUCCAACUGCUGCUCUGAUAACAAUCACCAUGAGGCUUUCAAGGAAGCCUGGGAUCAUUGAGCGCCGCCGGAUGAUGAUGAUGAUGAUGAUGGAGGAAGAGGAGGAGCUACUGCUGCUGAGAUGAUGAAGGUCCGGAUCGGUCCGGCGCCAGGUACGGACAGAUAGACAGAUAGAUAGACAGACAGACAGAUGGAACUUGGACGUUACAAUGCUGGUGGAUUCGGAUCGGGUUGACCUUUAACCCUCAGAGGUUCGUGAUGGGUCUGGACCGGGUCUCCAGCUCCACUCCACACAUCAGCUACCUGGCUGCGGUGAGCCUCAACACCUCCACCCCCUCUGUCUCCUCCACCUCCUCCACCCUGCCUCCGUCUUCCUGCAGCAUCGAUGAGUCCUACAAGUACGUCUUCCUGCCCGUCUGCUACUCCCUGACCUUCCUGUUCAGCCUGGUGCUGAACUCGGUGGUUCUGGUGCGGUCGUGCCGGCCCCAUGGCGGUGGCGGCGGGCGGCGCUGGAACACCUCCCUGAUCUACAUGGUGAACCUGGCCACUACAGACCUGAUGUACGGCCUGUCGCUGCCCUUCCUGGUGGCGAGCUACGUGCUGAGGGACCACUGGGUGUUCGGGGACUUCAUGUGUCGCCUCGUACGAUUCCUCUUCUACUUCAACCUCUACUGCUCCAUCUUCUUCCUCACCUGCAUCUCUGUGCACAGGUACCUGGGAAUCUGCCAUCCAAUGAGGACCAUCACUCUGGAGAGCAAGCGGGUGGUGAAGGCGACCUGUGCCUCGGUAUGGGUGGUGGUCUUCGUUCUCACCUGUCCUAUCUUCAGGUUUGCCCAGACAGGAGACGUUACUAGAGGAGGUUCUGUAGCAGUUGGACCUGAGGGGACGAGGUUUGGAGACAACAGGACUGAGGAGACGUAUGUGAACUGCUGGGACGACGCCAUUGAUAAGGACUUUCCUGAGUACGUCCCAUAUGGCAUUGUCCUUCACCUGCUGGGCUUCUUCGUUCCUUUCGUCAUUAUCGCAUGGUGCUACUCUCGGGUGGUCCAGACAAUAUUUCAGAGCUUGCGGUCUCCACCCAGUUCAAUAGAGGGCGGUGAGGAUGCAUCAACUGGGGAUGGAGCAGUUGAAGGAGGUCGAGAUCGGGAGAGGACUUCAGUCUCCAUCUCUGGAUCACAGUACUCCCACUACAUCCGGAGGCGGCGCAAAUCCAUUAAAACCAUUGUAACCAUCACGCUGCUGUUUGCACUCUGCUUCCUGCCCUUUCAUGUGACCCGGACGUUGUUCCUGCUCCUGCGGCGGGGACAGCUCGGCGGCUGCAAUGCCAUGAAGGCUGUCUCCAUCUGUUACAAGGUCACCAGGCCUCUGGCCUCCUGCAACGCCUGGCUCAACGCCCUACUCUACUUCCUGACAGGAGAUAAAGGCGCCCCCUGCUGCUGGCCAGCGGAACGAACAGUGCACCAGGACAGAAGAAAUGGCUCCCUUUGGUGGCCAUUAACAAUACUUAGGAAGGAAGGAGGCGGAGAGGACGACCAGGAUGCGGCCGAGAAGGUAGCAAGGGAGCUGCAGAUGGAGAAUGAAUCCAAGUCUUCACGGAUCAUCUUCUAGGACCUUUGAAGUUGAUUCAUGAUCAUCUUCAAAGAUGAUCUGUGCUCAACUUCACAAAUCGUCUUUGAAGAUGAGCAACUUGGUGCUCAACCCACUGACAUGUUGCUCUGUGUGAUGAAGCAGAGACAGAUCCAGAGACUGGUGCCUGGGCCCUCCUGCUCUACAGAUAAAAAUGUUUCCUCAGUUGUUGUGUUUAACAGCUUCCACUGAUCAUAAGUUACCUGAACAUUUCCCAUGAAGCAUUGCUCCAGGCAGGAAGCUGGUGAGAUCAUGGAUUGGACUUUCAUUGUUCUAGAAGAUGCACCUGAUAGACCCGACAACCUCCACAGGUUUGCCUUCACCAAUGUGAGAUUAGGAUUGGGAGAUUGGGAUUAAAGGUGGAUUACAAACAAUUUAACCCAACCUUGCCUCAGAAGCUGUGAGUGAGCCGCUCUCAGUCGGACCGACGGUGGCUCUGGUCGGACCAGUGAUGGUUUUGGUGUUCCUGCUGUUUUAAUCUCAGGUUGUUUCUAAUUUCGGACCUCAUUAGUUUGGAUGUUUUGAUGUCAGAAUUAAAGUGUUUGU